UUCUUCAACCCACCAUCCCGCUGUGAGACAUUUUCAAGACCCUUACUCCCGGUGUCGGCGCCAUACACACACAAUUGGCUGAGUUCUGACUUUUUUCCUUGCCCCGCAGGCCACUUUCGAGGGUUGCUGUUCGCUCAACCCAAGCUCUCAAAGAGGAAAGGAGGGGGGUGUGAAGGACAGGGGGGCAUGACAUUGGCGCGGUAAUGCCACCGAAGGGUCGUCGUGGUCUCAGAAGAGAAUCAUCUCGUUGCCGCUGUUUGUCGUGCUAUUAGCCGUUAUCAUCAUCAUCAUCGCUAGACGAAGGGGCCACCCCUCUCACGGUUUCACCAACCCCCCCCCCUUGGUUCUAACCGCGACGACAUUCCACACACCUUGCACCUGUAAAAGGACGGCACUGAACGGGAGAAGACAGACGAGAGGAAAGUUCCCAGAAAAGAAAAGAAGAAGAAGAAGAAACGACGAAGGCACAGAAACCAAAAAACGAACCAUGACGUCCACCUCCAUGACCUACACCUUCUCGCCGGAGCAGCACGGGCACCUGGUGCCGUACAUCGCGGCGCUGCACGCGUCGUGCAUCACGCUGGACCACAUGGUCGGGCCCUUCCUGCCGCCCCUGACCAACGAGAAGCUGCUGCCGUGGUGGAAGGAGCGCAUCGCCGAGGCCGCCGGCGCCACCCGCAUCAUCGUCCUGCUGCUGCCCGAGACCAAGCCGGGCAAGAAGCCCCUCGGCACCGACCUGCGCGGCCUCGCCAUGCUCAAGCUGGCCGAGACCGAGACGGGCUCCUUCCGCGGCCACAUCGACGCCGUCCUCGUCGACCGCCGCCACCGCCGCCAGGGCGGCGCCCGCUCCCUAGUGGCUGCGCUGGAGUAUGAGGCCGCGAAGAAGGGGCGCUCGUUGCUGCUUGUCGACACCGAGACGGACAGCGUGGCCGAGAUGGCCUUCAAGAAGCUGGACUACACCGAGAUCGGCAAGGUGCCGCACUUCAGUCGGGCGCUGCCAAACGGCAAGAAGGGCGAGACCUUCUUUUACAAGGAAUUUCUGCCGUCGUCGCCAUAAACUGUUGUCGCGGGUGCUUCUGGCUUUUGUCCCUUCGGCUUGCUGGGCGUUGGUGGUGAUAGGGAUCUAGAUGGACGAGGCCCACGCUUCUGCAGGAUUUCUUUUCAUGGCUUUUUCUUUACCUUUUGUUGCAAGCCCUGGACCACACAGAGUUUACGUUUGAAGUUUGCUAAAGAAAAAAGUUUGCUUUCUCUCUUAUCCAUGAGAAUCCGGUUCCUGCGCUAGCCACACAAGUCCAUAUUUUCUGUACAUACAACCAUACAAGAGAGCGAACGAACCGACCGUUUGAGCGUCUCUUUUAAAGCAUACUUUGUUUCUACCC